UCUUAGUAACGCCGCACCGCGCUUCACACACACACACACACACACACAAGCACACACGUCUGGAUGUAACAAACACACCACACCGAAACUGGGACACACCACACCACAAUCGGGACACAACACACAACACACUGAAAUCACGAUUUCUCCCUCGCCGAGCCGCGCUAUCAGCUGGGGAGGUCCUCCCGCCUUUUCUUAGUCUGGCUUCUAGUUACCCGCUGGUUAUUCCCCUGGAGCUCAGCAUUCAACUCAUCCCCCCCCGAGUCAUCUUGGAUCGGGGCAGAGGGUUCAGGAUGUUGUGGUGAAUGUGGAGUCGUGCGCGCAAGUAUUUUGCUCGCGAGUCGCCGCGCAUGCGCGGUGCCGCGCUGGACGUGGCAGCGGCGGGAGCCAUGCGGGCGGUGGUGCCGGGGCCGGGGCCGUGGCUCCUGCUGACGGCCCUGGCGGUGAGCGGCGGCUCGGAGCACCCCCGGUUUCGCGAGACCGUGCUUCGGGACCUGGCCCGCGGCAAGGUGGAGACAUGCGGCGGGUGACGGCUGAACCGCCUCAGGGAGGUGAAGGCGUUCGUCACCCAGGACAUCCCGUUGUACCAUAACCUGGAGAUGAAACACCUGCCUGGUGCUGACCCUGAGCUUGUGCUCCUCAGCCUCCGGUAUGAAGAGCUAGAGAGAAUUCCCCUGAGCGACAUGACGCGGGAGGAGAUCAACCAGCUGGUGCAGGAGUUGGGCUUCUAUCGCAAGGAGACACCUGAUACCCCUGUGCCAGAGGAGUUCCAGUUUGCCCCUGCCAAGUCUCUGCCAAUACUGCUGCCCUGCCAUGUACCCACUGCUGAUGGCAAGACCCCAUCCAAAUGUGACAAGGAAGAACACCCAGACCUCUAGCAAGGAGUGUCACCCUUAGGACAGGGUGCUGCAGCCAGUCCACAGUGUGGGGAAUGAGGGCAUUAUGGCAGCUGGACAUGAUGUCACAGGGCGGCAAAGGUUUUCCACCCCUGCUCUUGCUUGUGUGCUGGUUGAUGCCCUCCUGUCCUUCGAGCCCAUUAUCCUUGGCCAGUCAGAAGGAGCAGCAUUCUUUGCAGUCUCUUGCUGUGCCCAGACGUUUCGCUGCUCCCAGCACUGGGCAGUAGUAUCCUGCCUGCAUGGGACAGGAUGAAACCCUCAGCAGAAAGCGCCAGGUGCUAAGGGUGGAUGUGCUGAGUCCCAGAGGUGGGAGAGCUGCCCCAAGAACGGGGCUUUACCCCCCAGCAGGGUUUAUGUCAUAUCCAGCUCCUAGUAAAGCUUUUAUUUUGCAGUCA